GGGCGUGACCGCGGCCAGUGCAGCGGGUGUAGGUGAGAGUGAGACAGAGAGAGCAUGCGUGAGACAACAGCUCUUUCAGACCGAUUAUAACGAGAAAAGAGAGGGAGAGGGAGGAAGACAGAUUAAGCAGACUGAACACAACUGUUGUUUUAAUCCUCUGAGCGGAUAGAUUUAGAUGAAAAAAAAACUACUGGUUUGGAGAAGAGCAGCCAUAUUGCAUGGACCUUUGGUGGAAUAACAAGAGUCACUGGAGCGGGAAUAAGCGGAGUUCAGAAGGAAACAUCCAGACUUCACGAUCCGCUCAGCAGCCCGGCUGACGCUACUUUCACAGCACACUUUCCUGUCUAAUUCGACUUUCUCCUAUUUAUUAUUUAUUUAUUUUAUUAUUUAGAUAGUGUUAACCAAUAUUGAAAGAUGAAGGACCGACUGGAACAACUAAAGGCGACAUGCGAUCAUGAUGACGAAGACGUUGAGAUCGCCGUGGACAAUGCUGCUUUUAUGGAUGAGUUCUUCGGCCAGAUUGAAGACAUCAGGAACAGCAUUGAUAAGAUUGAUGAGAAUGUGGCCGAAGUGAAGAAACUUUACUCAGUUAUUCUUUCUGCACCAACGUCAGACCAGAAAACGCAAGAUGAUUUGGAGGCGCUAACUAAUGACAUCAAGAAAAUGGCCAACAAUGCUCGUAACAAACUGAAGACCAUUGAAAGGAAUCUCGAGGCAGAAGAAGCGGAAAGAUUAUCGGCCGACAUGAGAAUACGCAAAUCACAGCACGCUGUUCUUUCCAGGAAGUUUGUUGAUGUGAUGACCAAAUACAAUGAAGCUCAGGUGGACUUCAGAGAGAAAAGUAAAGGUCGCAUUCAGAGACAGUUAGAGAUCACUGGUAAAGCCACGACUGAUGAGGAGCUGGAGGAGAUGCUGGAGGGAGGAAACGCAGCCGUUUUCACAGCAGGGAUUGUGGAUUCAGGGAUCUCUAAACAAGCGCUAAGUGAGAUUGAAGCACGUCACAAAGAUAUUGUGCGUCUGGAGAGCAGCAUAAAGGAACUGCAUGACAUGUUUGUGGACAUCGCCAUGCUGGUGGAGAGCCAGGGCAACAUGGUUGAUAACAUUGAGGUGAAUGUGGGUAAAGCAGUCGAUCACGUUGAAGCUGCAAAGACUGAAACCAAAAAAGCAGUCAGGUAUCAGAGUAAAGCCCGGAAGAAGAUGAUCAUACUGGGUGUGAUUGUUGCUGUUGUGAUCAUCAUCAUCAUCAUCAUCAUCCUCUCUCAGGUUCUAUGAUAACCUCUCCAUCAGCACAUCUCCUCUGUGGCUGCUCACGAACUCUCCUUUAUUACAGCUGAUCACUUCCUCCUCUCCUUCUCAUCCUCCCUGUUUUCCUUGGAGUUAUGAAGCAGAUGCUCCGCCCCCUCCACCUGUGGCUUCUCCUUUCAUCAGCACAAACCAAUGGGAAACUACUCUGCUGGAACCCGAGCGAUGGUCAAGGAAACGGAUUCUGUUUUUUUUUUUACAUUUGUUUUUCUGUAAAGGCGUGACGGGAAAUGUUUAAGGAACUUAUACUACGUGCCAGGAAUGGCUUUUGAAGGAAGCAUAUUUUAAAUACAUGGACAAAUCAAUGAGCACAGAAUAAGGGAUUUUUAUGAGACUUACAAGGGAAAGUUAACCUCCAUUUCAUGCCUUUAAUGUUUUUAUUGUUUUAGUUUUAGUUUUAGUGUUCUUAGGACCCACUCAGACUUUAAUGGCUACACCUAAUGGAUGAGCUACUACAAUGUUUUUGAUCAAAAGGGCUCAGAGACUUCAGCUUCUGUUCAAGGACCCUGUGAAAUGAACACAAUAAGCUAAGCAUUGAUGGGUCGUCCAGAAUGGAAGCGCACAUCUGUAUGUUUUUUAAUGUGAUAAACUUCUGUAUGGGAAAACCAGAAUUAACCAAAUGAAUAAAUUACAUUAUAUAUUUUUUAA